AGAAGAGGAAGACCUAGAACGAGAUGGAUAGACUGUGUGAGGGAGGACUUGAACGAGUUAGGAGUGGACGUAUGACACCAAAUAAAAUGUUAUGGAGAGAAACGACAUAUUGCGGCGACCCCAAAUGAUGGGAUAUGGCAAUGAAGACAAUGAUAUAAAACUAAAAAUCGUGGCGCGACGGAGGAUGAAUGGGAAACACUCGCACCGCGCUAAUCCACGGCCGGCGAAUACAAUGAGUAGGUCGCAGGCUCAUAUAAACACCUCGCCGGUCGCGACUCUAAAACAUGCAGUAUUUGUACACAAAUAGCCGGCCGAUUAGUGUACGCCGCUGUCAAUAAUGUCAACAAAAACAACCGCGACCCCCUCUACAGGGCGCUCAUUUGCAGCACGUUACACAAUUUAAAUCUAAAUCGUUUGUUGAGUCAGCGGCAGCAGCGGCGACAUCCCGCUGUAGAGGCGGCCGGACGCGCGUGUAUAAAGCGGGCCGGCGACGGAAGCCAGCGCAUUCGCUAACGCUCUGGCGCCGGCACCGCACGCUCGACAUGGCCGUCUUCAACACUGUGGUUUACUUGCUGCUCGUCUCUGUCGUUGCGUUAGGCGCGGGCAAGCACAAGAAGCCGAAGCAGAAGAAGUUCACGAUGACGAGUACCAAGGGGCUGCAGUGCUACAACUGUCUCUCCUUCGACCACCCCGGCUGCUGGGACCCCGAGCACCCCGACUACUCCAACAUCACGGUGCCCAACAUCGACUGCUACAUCCCGGGCAUGGCUUUCCUCUGCAUAGUCAUCACGUCGGAGUCCGCUAAGUUGGUGGAGACGGGCCAGGAGAUCGGGCCGGUGCGCGCGCGCACUUGCGUCCCCGCCAAGGACUUCGCCAAGAAGACGGUGUCGUACAGCAUGUGCAGCAAGCUGAGCAAGGAGCUGUCGGCCUCGGAGAUCUUCUCGCGCAUCGCGGUGGCGCGCCCGCACUGCCAGGUGUGCAAGAAGCACCUGUGCAUCGACGCCUCCCGCUGCUAGCGGACGACACACCUCUGAGCCGCGAUAGGCGCGAACCUCGGCUCGCUGUGUUUCACCCGCGCCUACUCUUAUCGCCGUACACGACACAGGUCUUUCCAUUUAUUUUUGUUGUUUUUAGAUUGCGUAUGGAAAUUACCAACUUAUUUUCUUCCAAUUUAUAUGAGUUUUUACGGUGAAUUUAUACGGUGUCGUUGAACGAACAGCAAAGUAGUUGUAUCUACGUGAGCAAAACAAUGUAAUCGUUUAGCCAAAAUAGUUGGGAAGCAAAUUUUUUUACGGUCAGCAUAUAUUUCUAAAUCAGUAUGCAAUAUAAAUAAUUUUGAACAGCGGUAUUUAUUUAGAUAUAUGUAUAUAUAAAAUAUAUAUAAAGCUGCAAUGAGUAACGCCUUUAACCAAAUUGGAGAGGAAACAGAAAAUUCAAUUUUAGGGCUGCUAAUACAAAUCUAGCAAAAAUAUUACAUUCUCCUCAAUUUGCGCAAAUGGAUACGGUUUACAGUUACGGUUUAUCAUUUAUUUUAAUUUCACAAAAAAGUUGUCCAAUUGUAUUAACUAUGAUGUUCAUUCGAAAAAUCCAACUUCAAAAAUGAGAGAAACCCCUUUCUACAUAACUAUAACCCAAUGAACCCAACAACAUUGCAAAUUGUUGAUGAGUGUCCAAUAAGGGUCCGAUCAGACAUAUCCCAAGCCUGCACUAGUUUGCUACAAUUAUCCUAAAGGUUUCCUUGUCCCGACCCCAGCGUUGAUCUAUAGCUCGUCGCUUCGCUAUUCAUACAGUUUAGACGCUUCGCUUUUUGUGAUCACAAGCUUAAUCUAACUAUGAGUGAGGUUAGAUUAACUGUGUCACCUGACAUAUUCCGGUUAAUUAUCCUUAGUAUUUUUCCUUUGCGGGUUCACCUGCAUCAUCUUUGUGCACCAACGGAACCUUGGCUUUUCAAAUUACCAUCAUAACUAGCAUACUUGGAGCUGGAGAUGGACCGUUGUUGUCCAAAUGCUAUCUAUUGUCAACAAUUAUCAUUUACAGAACAGAAUUGCAGCCUGAAUGGUCAUUAUUGCUGACAUAAUAUUUGCAUGCUGGCCAAAUUUUUUGUUGUUAAUUGCUUCUCGAAUUCAAAUGCAAUGUGUGAUCAUAUUUGACACAAAUAUCUACAAGCACAAAAAACGUGUGAACAAUCCAAAACUCUAUCAUUAUUCGUAUUUCAAUGUUUUGGUUAACUCGACGGAUUGCUCCACACGGUUUUAGCUGUUUGAUGUAAUAUAAUUGUAUAAAUACUUAAGAAGUCAAACAUUCGUAAAAUUUUUCAAAAUAACAACAUUUUAUUUUAGUCGAAAUUUAAAGUCAGUGUUUGUUUUAUAUAAACGAUACCAUGAUAUCACAAAAAUCCUAAAAGUAAAUUAAUUAAUCUUUAAAGUUAAUAGAAUUACUUUAGUACUGAUCAAUCUAUAUAAUUGGCAAAAGCCAUGAUAUUUGUAUCGCGAUCAAUAGACAGCCCCCUGUUUUGUCCGUUAGCCAUAUAUUUGUUUGGAUAUUGUCGGCCCGGCCCGAACUCGACAGUACGGUAUAAAUUCAUGUUUUAGAGAAAUGUUCAAAAUAUCAACAGAAUCAAUAUAUUAGGAUAAGAUUAUUUAGAUAGUUAAAAAGGAAUGCUUUUUAUAUCGUGUACGAAUGGUGAACUGAGGCAGAGAUUGAGAUGAGGUAGAAAUUUAACAUUAAAACUUAAGACGAAAUUUAUGCAUUCGUUAGUAUAUAAAUUUGGCCGCUACCAGAACUUGCCUAGUACUCAUCGAUUGACCUAACAAAUAUCAAUAGCUAAUCGAAUGGUAUUUGUCAAACAGCACAUUUAGUAGAAUGUUAAAGCUUAGGUGUAUAAGAUCUGUUCGUGUACGGGUUAGCGUGUGUGGCGAGCGGGCGCCGGUUCCCGCGCGCACUCUAAUGCAAUCCCUAGGUCUAGUUCCGUGGCGGCGGACGACGCGCCGCCACGCGCCAUCUUGUUUUUAUACUUCGAGUAUUUUAAUAAACUUAAGAUGUUUCAA